AUGCCCCAACUCGCACGGACCGCCAGAUGGCAUCGUUCCUUCCUCCCACACGUUACCAGUAGCUUCUUCUAUCUCUUCCUUUGCAUGUUUGUCCACGCCUCGAUGCUCGUCUACAUCGGGAAAGAGCUGCACGUAAUGAACCUUUUUGCAGGGCAGAUGUACCUUUGCGACUUUGGGGCAGAGCUAGCUGGCUGCACCUUGGACGACAGCUCUGAGAGCUGUGUUGGACCCUACGGCACUACAGUUACGGCGCCGCGCCUCUACUCCUGGAGUCAGUUGGCCACGCGUACCUUUGUGAGGGACUCCCUGGUCGGCGUUUUCCCGGACCAGGAGGAGUCCAUUAGGAAGGUGGCAGACCCUGGCGAGUAUGGCAUCGAAAGCUACUACUGCCGGCUCUUGUGCUGCCUCGUCUAUGUCAUCAGUAUCAUCCAGGAGCUGGACAACAUCUUCAAUAUGAUGAAGCUCUUGUACUACAUCCCCACUGAGGAUGAGCCGUGGUUCACCCUGGGGCAGGAGGAUGAGGAUCCAGCUUCGGAGACCAUGGAGAAGUGGCUGAGCCAGGUGGAGGUGAAAGUGGCCGGCAUGCCUAGGACGUGGAAGAUAGUGAACGUCUUACUGGUACUUGUGCCGAAGAUGAUGCUCUGGGAGAUGACAGCCAGCACUGGCAUCAACUUCCUGAUGGAGACCGGAGGCAUCGACGACAUCAUCGUGAACUCCGUGGCGCUGGGCUUCAUGCUGCAGCUGGACGAGGUGCUCACCGACGCCAUGAUGAGUCGGGAGGUGAACGUCCUCCUGGACGAGUGCAAAGACUAUCCCUUGUUCGAUGAGGGGGAGGUGCAGACGCGCAACGAUGAGGAGACUCUGAACAAACUGGAGGCUCUGAAGCCCAGCAGCCUGCGCCUGGCCUGGGAGCUGAUCCCCCGGUCCCUGGUGCUGGCCCUUUUGCUCCUGUUCUAUUAUGUCUACCGCUACUACACUCUCCAUUGUGAGUUUGUUGACGGCCGGUGGGUGUCAAAGGACAUGCACUUGCCAACCUCCCUCACCUUCUCAAUCGCGAACUCCUUCCUGGGCCGCUUCUUCCCGGUGAAUGCAGCAGAGCAGCCUUACUGGUCCUUUGGUGGCUGA